CAGACCUCUCCCAUUACCACAGGCAAGAAAAAAGACCCAAACUUUAGUUUCUUCUCUGAACUUUCCUUCUCUCUGUUUUUCUAUUUCAUCCUUAGUUCCUGCUAAGAAUUUAGCUACCUAAGUGUGUAGCCUGACCGAUCAAACCAACCCAAAACUUCCAUGUAAGAGAAACAAAUUCCAAAUCCGAAUAGAGUCGUUCUCCAGUUUCCUUCUUUUAAGGAUCCCAGAAAUUACCUUUGCUUGUUGAAUUGUAAAACUUUUAGCUCUUAUAAAAGAGAAGAAAGAAGAAGAAGAAAAAGUGUUUUCUGUUUCUUUUGAAGUGUUCGUUUCUCUCUGAUGGGCAACUGCUUGUUUUAUUCAACUAGAAUCGAUUCCAGCCAAAGCCCCCAAGCAACUUCUGCAUCAGGAGGCUCUAGAGUUUCUAGCAAAACCACUCGUUCGAGCUUGACCAUCCCAUCUUUCAGUGAUACAAGUAGUAGUAAUGGGUGUCUUCCAACGCCAAGGACCGAAGAAGAAAUAUUGGCAUCUCCCAAUUUGAAACCUUUCUCGUUCAGUGAGUUGAAGAAUGCCACCAGAAACUUUCGUCCCGACAGUCUUCUUGGUGAAGGUGGCUUUGGGUAUGUCUUUAAAGGAUGGAUUGAUGAGCACACAUUAGCUGCUGCUAGACCUGGCUCAGGAAUGGUUAUUGCUGUCAAGAAACUUAAACCCGAAGGUUUCCAAGGCCACAAAGAGUGGCUGACCGAAGUUGAUUAUCUCGGGCAACUUCACCACCCGAAUCUAGUUAAGUUGAUUGGAUAUUGUUCAGAGGGUGAAUACCGUCUUUUGGUCUAUGAGUUCAUGCCUAAAGGAAGCUUAGAGAAUCAUCUUUUUAGACGAGGGCCGCAGCCACUAUCUUGGGCGGUGAGGCUUAAGGUCGCCAUAGGUGCUGCUAGAGGGCUCUCUUUUCUUCACGAUUUGAAAUCGCAAGUCAUAUACCGUGAUUUUAAAGCUUCAAACAUUCUACUAGAUGCGGAAUUCAACGCAAAACUUUCGGAUUUUGGAUUGGCCAAGGCAGGGCCUACUGGUGAUAGGACUCAUGUAUCGACUCAGGUUAUGGGUACUCAAGGCUAUGCAGCACCUGAAUACGUUGCUACAGGUCGGUUGACGGCUAAGAGUGAUGUAUACAGCUUUGGAGUUGUUUUACUUGAACUAUUGUCUGGUCGACGAGCUGUUGAUAAAACAAAAGUCGGUGUGGAGCAGAGUCUAGUAGACUGGGCAAAACCAUAUCUGGGUGACAAAAGAAAACUAUUUCGAAUCAUGGACACCAGGUUGGGCGGCCAGUACCCUCAGAAAGGCGCCUAUACCGCAGCUACUCUUGCUUUACAGUGCCUAAAUAGCGAAGCUAAACUCAGGCCUCGAAUGUCGGAAGUUUUGGCAGCACUGGAGCAACUAGAAGCCCCCAAAACUGCUUUGAAACACUAUCAACCGGAACAGCACCCGGUUGCACUUCCUGUUCGGAGAUCCCCAAAGCGACAGCAUCACUCACCUAUGCAUCUAACACCCAAUGCAUCUCCAUUACCAUCUCACAACAGGCAGUCUCCACGAGUACAUUGAAUCCAUCUGUAAAUUUUCUUACUGUAUUCAUAUAUUUUCUUAUUGCUUAUGAUAAAGUUUUUGAGCGUGUAUUUUUUUUAAUGCAAUUAUGCAUUUCAUAUAAAAAAACACCUUUUGUUG